AUAUACCGAAUUAAGAUCAUAAAUGGAGAAAUCACAGUCCAGCACAAGCUGCCCCAAACUCUCGCUGAUACACUUAGAAAGAGCUUUACCGGAGAGGAGGAUAAUCAACCGCUUUCGAGCCUCAAUCAUCCACCACAGUCAGCUCCUAGUGAUAAGUUACUGCAUUCAGAUUUCCUUGCACAGGUACAAUCGAACGGCGAUUCGGUCGCAGUUGACUUCAACGGAUCUACCUUAACCUACACCGAAUUAGACAACGUCUCAAAUGCCUUAGCGUUAGAAAUAACCUCUAAGAAGCUAUUCGUACCACUUCUACUUCCACCAUCUUUGGAACUUUACGUCGGAUAUCUCGCAGCAUUGAAAUCAGGCAAUGCAUUCAGUCCAUUCGACUUACAAGCGCCAAUAGAGAGACAUUUAGGACUCUUAGAGGAUCUUUCAGCAGAAGUAGUUCUCGGUUUAGGUCCUCGGGAAGAGUGGAUCCCAGCUAGCGUAAAUUAUAUAGACGUUACCACAUUUAUAGACACACAAAAGGAUAGCACCAGCAAACUCACAUAUCAAGCAUCUCCAGAUGAUGUCGCAUACGUUCUUUUCACUUCUGGUUCAACUGGUAAACCAAAAGGUGUACAAAUACAGCAUUCAGCCGCAGCAGCAUCGAUACAAUCACACUUAGCAGUUAGACCACUCGACAACACAGUCAGAUGGUUCCAAUUCGCGCCAUCUACAUUCGAUCCAUCGAUCAUGGAGACAUUCAUGAGUUUUAGCUCAGGAUCUACUAUCUGUGCAGCUCCACGUGCAGAGUUCCUCACCAACCCAGAACUUGUAAUCUCAAACUUGAGAUGUACGCACAUGAUGGCUACACCAUCCAUUGCAGGUUUAUUCAACCCAGAUAAACUGCCAAAAGGCUUCGAAUUAUGGACUAUGGGUGAAAAACUCUCAGAUAGAGUCAUCAGCAAUUUCACUCGCCCUGGAAAUGAACUUUAUAAUGCUUAUGGUCCAACGGAGGCAGCAAUUAAUGUCACACUCCGUAGACAUCCUUCCACUGAAUCUGGUGCGAGAUUGGGUCCUCCAAUUAAGACAGCAUCUCUUCUCAUUUUCCACCCAACUCUUAACAAGAUUAUGCCAAUGGGUUUCACAGGUGAGCUAGUCAUAGGAGGUCCACAGCUCGCGAAGGGCUACCUAAACAUGCCAGAGCAGACUGAUAAAGUCUUUAUCGAUGUUGAAGGUCUCGGUCGACUCUACAGAACUGGCGAUAAAGCGCGUGUCGUACUGGAUGAGAACAACGAGUGGAACAAUAUUGAGUACCUCGGCCGUAUAGGAUUGGAACAGGUCAAACUCAAUGGAAAACGUGUCGAACUCGGAGAAAUCGACACUGUAUUGUCAAACACUGAAGGUGUCAGAUCUGUACACACAGUUGUCAAUCAACCGGAAGGUCAACUCUGUGCAUUUGUUACGCCAAACUCUACGGAUCUCAUUGACAAGUGUACUGAUAGCGCAGAGAAGCAGCUUCCAUCUCACAUGCGACCAGUGGUAUACUUUACCGCAGAAGAUGUACCUCGUUCUACAGCCGGGAAGGCUGACAGAAAAGCAAUCUCUAGAUAUGUGAAGGAUCACAUUAGCGAGGGCCACUUCGUCGGAGCUGCUGAAGAGGAACAAUCUGGUGAAAUUAUUGAGAUCCUGGAUACCCCAACGCUUGACAAGGUUGUCGAUUGCGUAUCAAAGACCGUCGAUCUCAACAAAGAAGAGAUCGAUGUAAAUCUCACACUUCUCGCACUUGGUAUUGACUCAUUGAGAGGUGUCCGCUUCUUGAGUUUGGCACGUGAAGCGGGUUUGACUGGAAUAACAAUUGAGGAUGUCAUCAAAGGUUUUUCACCUGCUGUUUUAUCGAACAUCGCAUUUAAAAGAAUGGAGGAUGGCUUCGCUGACGACGAUAGCAAGAAGGUAGCUUAUACAAACAUAGAAUCGGAAUUUCGUGGUCAAGCAAUACCGGCCGUCGUCGAGGCUUUAGGAUUUGAGCCUGAGAUUAUCAGACCUGCUACAACUAUGCAGACUGGUUUACUUGCGCUUUACUCUAAGACUGGCACUGGUUAUAUCAACCACUCUGUCUACACUUUGAAGGAAGAUAUCGACGAUAACAAGUUAGAAAAAGCCUGGUACGAGCUCGUCAAGAGACAUGAAAUCCUUCGUACUCGCUUUGUGCUUGUCGACAACAGCCCAAUUAGUGCUUUUGCACAAGUGGUCGUUGAUAUUGACCCAUCGUCAACUUUCGAGAAAGUUGAAGGAAAUGACACAAAUGCACUAGUUCAAAGUCACAUAGAAAAUGCCUCCAGCAAGUUCUCAUUAUUGGAAAGGACGCAAACCGCCGCGUUAUAUUCUGACAGCAAGUCAAAGAAGCUCGUCGUCAGUCUUCAUCACGCUUUGUUUGAUGGUGCUUCUCUUGCUCUCAUGCUCGACGAACUUGCUGCGCUUUACAACAACCCUCAAGCAGAUAUUCACAGAGAGAAGUUUGUAAAUGCCCUCACAGAUGUUUUCACAGCCGACGCGAAAGCUAAUAACGACUACUGGAGUGGAAAGUUGCAAAAUUUCACUCCUGAUCCUUUCCCGGAUCUCACUGGAUUGAGACAAGAUGCAAAGAAGGAUGGUCAUCAUGUCACAAAUGUUACUUCAAAGUUGUCUUACACUUCAUUCCUCGAGAAAGCAAGGUCGCUCAGGAUGUCACCAUUGUCAGUUGUACAGGCUGCAUGGUCUAGCAUUCUGUUGGCUUACUCAGAAUCUGAUGCAAACGAUGUCGUUUUCGGUAGCAUAGUUGGUGGUAGAACAACAGAUGUUCUCGAACACACUGUCGGACCGGUUUUCACAGCUGCACCUAUCCGUGUGACCAACCCAGAUGACGAAAGUCUUUCUGCAGUACUACAAUCGCUUGUCAACAGCAACGCCGAUGGAAUGGUCCAUCGUCAUUUACCACCAAAAGUACUCAGUGGUGAUAACGGUAUUAUCUACGACACAACUAUUGCUUUACAACAGUUUGCUCAGGGCGCUUCACAAACUGAUCUUUGGUCUCACUCGGAGUAUCCACCAAUGGUAACUGAAUUUGCGGUAGUCUUAGAAAUCUGGCCAGAUCCAAACGACACGAUCAGAUUGAGAGCUACUUGCUCAAACAACGUUCUCAUUGAAGAGUCCUCCAAGAUGAUGCUAACUCAGUUUGAUGACAUCCUCUCUAGUAUACUAAACGGGGAUUUGAAGAGGAAAUUCAAGGAUGUCGCCGUGGAUGUCAAUCAAUCUCUCAAAUCUGCAGUCAAUGAAAAUCCAGUACGCGUUGAAGGUGUCGAGAAGGAGCUUAUCCACAGUCAAUUCGAGAGGAAUGCACAAGAAAACCCUGAAUCUCUUGCACUCUGGUUCAAACCAAAUCCAGCUGACAGUACACAGGAUAUAAAAUGGACCUACAAGGAACUUGAUGCCCGCGCGAAUAAGAUUGCAAACUACCUUACUUCUACAUACGGUGAUCUCACUGACGUACCUAUCCCAAUUCACAUUGAAAAGACACCUGAAAUGUUUAUGGCUAUCCUUGGUAUUGUGAAGGCUGGUGGUGCUUGGUGCCCAAUCGAUACCACCGCACCUGCUUUACGUAAGAAAGACCUCUUCGAGCGUGCAGGCGGUCCUGUUGUUCUAGUUCGGGAUGAUGAGAACAAAGCGCUCGUUAGUGACAUUAUUGAGGGCAAAAUAGACGUCCGUUCAUUCACUGAAGACGUCUUCAACAAUCAACCAUCAACUAAGCCGGAAAUAAACACACAGUCUAAGCACUUGGCUUAUCUUAUUUGGACUUCUGGUACCACCGGUGCUCCAAAGGGUGUUCCAAUUGAACAUUCAGCUGCUGUUCAGAGUUUGACUGUCUUACAAGAAGAGAUCCCUUGGAAGAAGAACACACAUAUUCGUUGUCUUAACUUCUCCGCUUACACCUUCGAUGUCUCUGUUCUCGACGUGUUUUAUGCAUGGGGUAAAACACGCGGUACCCUCUGUUCUUCUACUCGCGAUAACCUUGUCGGAUCAUUUGAAGAACUUGUAAGAGGAUUUGAAGCCACUCAUGCUUUCCUUACACCUGCAUUUAUGGCACAAUCUUCACUUCAAAAUUGUGAUUCGCUCGAAUCCCUCAUCAGUAUUGGUGAAAAGCUUCCACAACCCGUUGCAGACGCUUGGUGUAAGGAAGGAACGGUCUCACUUAAUACCUACGGACCAGCUGAAUCAACUAUUAUUGCAACUUACCGUCGCUUCACUCCAAAUGAGAUUACGAAAGCUCACAAUGUUGGUCUUCCACUUUCAACUAUUUCAUGUUACGUCGUUUCAGAUGACAGGGUCCUUUUAAGAGGUGCAGUAGGUGAAUUGGCUUUAGGUGGUUUCCAAAAUGCCAGAGGAUAUCACCGUAACCCUGAGCAAACUAACAAGAAGUUUAUCAACCACCCUCAAGCUGGAAAUGUUUACCUUACUGGUGAUGUCGUCCGUUUGUUGCACGACGGUAGUUGCGAAUUCGUUGGUCGUAAUGAUGAUCUUGUCAAGCUUGGCGGUAUCAGAGUUGAGUUGUCUGAAAUUAGUGCUGCUUUGGGCAAUUGUCAUGAAAUUGCACGUGAAACUACCACCUUCCAACUUACAAGACAUGAUAGACCACAGAAGGUUGUCUGUACAUUCGUAGCUGCUCCAGCCUUAAAAGGUGAUGAAGAGGAUGGAUUACGCACUGACGAUGCUGCCUUAGAAGUCGCUGCUGCUUGUAAAGAGCGCGCAGAAUCAAGUUUACCUGCUUACAUGAUUCCAAAUGUCAUUUUAGUACUCACGCAUCUUCCACACACUCCUUCAAACAAGAUAGACAGAAAGAUGCUCGCCAAGUACUACGAGGAUGUUGAUAUUGCAAACUGGGAAAGUCGCUUAAGUGGUAUCGACGAUGGUGAUGACGGUUCAUGGAACGAAAUGGAGCAGACGAUUCGCGAGGUUGUUGCUAAGCUCACCAAUGUCACUGUCGAAAGUAUUUCAAAGUCAUCACACCUUCCAGCACUUGGUGUUGAUUCUAUUCGUUCAUUACAACUUGCUUCAAAACUUCGUAACGCUGGUGUUAACGCCGCUGUUAGCCAAAUUGCCGCAUUCCCAACAAUUAAGCAACUCGCCAAAGCCAUUGCAAGGGCUACAUCAAACCAGACUACCACUGAUACUCCAAAAUGGCUGCAAGAUUUUAACGAUGCUGUGAUUGAAAAGGUCAGAGAUGAUGUCAAAGAUGUCGAAUUUGUGUUACCAUGCACACCAACUCAAGAGGGUAUGCUUAGUGAAACAAUCAAAGAUCCUGCUACCUAUUGGUCUCACCAUGUCUUCAAAUUGGCAGACAACGUCGACAUCUCUGCACUUUUCAAUGCUUGGAACGCAGUUGCAAACCGUACUCAGGCUCUCAGAACGUCGUUCGUACCAGCUGCAACAUAUGGCUUAAAAGAAUCGGUCUUUCUUCAAUGUAUACAAGCAUCACCAAAGCUUUUAGUUGAGGAAGUACAGUACAAUGAGGACAAGAUCCUUGAAGAGCGUGUACGUAACAUCGUCAACUCGUGGUCAAGCUCAAACCGACCACCGGUCGCUCUCACACUUGCAACUAAAUCAGAUGGAAGCCGCUAUCUCAUGACGUCUCUUCACCAUGCUAUUUACGAUGGUGACUCACUUUCAUUCAUUUACCAAGAUGUCGAAGCUGCUUACAAGCAGGUUGAUGUUGUCAAGCGUACCUCACUAAAGAGCGCCAUGGCCUUCAUGAAUGCAGAUUCUAACAAAACAAAAGAAUUCUGGACGAAGGUUCUUGAGCCAUUCGCUGAAUCCAGCAACGCUGAAUGGCCUGUACUUCACAACGACAAAGCUCAACACUCACUCAGAUUUUGGACAAAGGGAUUCAGUGACGUUAAGCGUCCACAAAUUAAUCAACUUUUACAAGCUGCAUGGGCUGUCUUACAAUCACGUUACACAUCUACAACCGAUGUUAUUUUCGGUGAGACUCUCAGCUUGCGUGGUUUAGCAGAGGGAUUAGAUAGUGCUGUGGCGCCUUUAAUAGCUACGCUUCCAGUUGCAGUCAGAGUAGACGAGAACGCAACGGCGAAGCAGUUGAUCGAACGUCUUUCACAGUUAGCUGCUGAAAGUGCACCUCAUAGAUUUGUUGGUCUCCAGCACGUUCGUCAAGCCCUUAAAUAUGCCUCAGGUGCUCCACUCUUCCCAGCCUUAUUUGUUCUUAUUGUUGAAUCUGGUGAGACUAUCGAAGAAGAUCUUUUCAAAGACAGAUUCGAAAUCGGAGAGCUAGAUGUAGAACAUCCGAUAGCUAUCAACGCGUUCGUCAGAGGAGAUAGCGUACAGGUCGACAUCCUUGGCAGCAAUUCCAUGAUGUCUGAAUCACAGGUCCAACUUAUUGCGAACCAAAUGCAAGCACUCGUCAAUUCAAUGAGCGAUAAUGCUGAUUUACCAGUUUCACAACUUCUCAGCAAGAUUGACGAUAAGCUCUUGGCAAAGUCUUACGACAGUGAUGUUACUAAAUCCAACAAUCCACUCGUUGCACUCUCUCAAAAUGCUCUAGAACGUCCAGACGAUAUCGCUGUGAGGUCGGAUGAGGGCACUCUAUCAUUCAAGCAAUUGGAAGAGCAAUCAAAUAAGAUUGCCAACUCGCUUUCAUCGAAGAAAGUUGUCGGAUUGUGUAUCCCUCCAUCGCUCGAGUCCAUUGCUCAUAGGAUAGGUCUUUUCAAAUCUGGAAAAACGUACUUGGCCAUUGGUGAGAACCUUCCAGCUAACCGCAAAAGACUUAUUGCACGUUCCCUCAAUGCUGAUAUUGUAUACACCACCAAGAAGUUUGCUGAAGACUUCAAACUGUUAGGUUCAGACAAGGUUGUCAUUGUUGACAGCGAAGGCUACAUCUCUGAACUCACCAAAGCUUCAAGCGAAAGACCUACACUUCAGGAAACCGAAUCUGCUGCUAUCACUUUUGCUAAUGGUCAGCUUGACACUCAUGAUUACACUGUAUGGUCUUCAACACAGUUAUUCGAGAAUAUUUCAGUGUUUGCAGAGCAUCUCAAGACCAGUUCAAGUACUUCAACAUUCCUUAACUGGCUUCCUGGUACAUUCGGAUUGCACAUUCUGGAGACAUUCGCACCACUCGUUCUGGGCAGUACAAUCCUCUGCAAACGCGUAGAAUCUUUGCAGGAUAACCCAAGAAAUGUAUUGAAGGUCUCCCAAGUGACACAUGCGAUCCUCACAGCGGCUUGGUUCGAAAAAGAAUGUAUUGUCAGAUCCGAGCUUCCUCAGCUCGAGCACAUCGUUUUAGCUGGUCAUAUCUCCUCCAAGGCCCUUCAUGAAUCAUGGAAAGAAGCUAAUGUCUGGAAGACUUUCGCUAUCGCCAAAUCUUCUUUGGCUUCAUUCUUGACACGUUAUGAUAUUGACCAACCACACCAAAUCGGAAAGCCACUAGUUAGUGCUUGCAUCGCCAACACCGAUGCCAAUUUUGGUUUACGUGGUGAAGCUGGGGAGCUCUGCGCUUUCGACUCCGCGGGUAAGCUUAUUCAUUCAGGCACUGUAGCUAGAAUGUUGGAUAACGACAAUGUCCUCUUCGAACACAAAGCAAGCGAUGUUGUCGACUACAGAGGAUCUACUAUUAAUCUCGAACAAGUUUCACGUAACGUAGAAGGUGUCUCCCUUCAAAAUGUUGUAUGCCAAUCACUUGUCAUCCAGCAUCCAGAGAGUAUGCAACCAGAUAUCAUCACCUUCGUUGCACGUGCAUACACAUCUGACCCAUUGGAUGGUACUCCAGCUGAGAUAAAUGCUCAAGAUGAAUCAUUCGCCAGAGCACUCGUACAGUCUUCUACUGAGAAAUUACAAUAUGGUGCCAGACCUGACAUAGUCCUUCCAAUGACGUUCUUGCCUAUCUCUGAUGUUAUUGGUGGACGCACAAACCACAAGGUCCUCAGAAGAUUAUUCAGUCAAGUUCCGCUUCGUAACAUGGUACAAAAGACAUCACAAGAUGUUACUACUACGCAGCGCCCACUUAGUGAAGAAGAAAAGACAAUCGCAGUUGCACUUAGUGAGCAAACUGGUGUUAGUGUUGACACUAUAACACCGUCAACUACCACCCUCGAGUUGGGUGUUGACUCGCUUUCUGCAAUUUCUCUCAGUUUCCAUCUGAAAUCAGAAGGUGUGAGUGUACCUCCACACAUCGUUCUUUCUGGUCCAUCAGUUGAGAAACUUGCUCGUCUUGCAGGAAGUCCAAGCGAGAGUGGUAAGGACACCUCUGCUGUCCGCAAGCUUGACAAAGAAUUCGAGAAUAACGUUAGAGAAGUCUUUGGUGACAGUGUCGACGCAAUCAGACCUUGUUUACCACUUCAAGAGGGUUUGGUUGCGCGUACUCUCAAUUCAACUGAGCCAGUUUAUGUUAACCAUUUUACCUUCAAGUUGUCAUCUGAAGUAAACGUCGACCAAUUUGUCGCUGCAACUUCAGAUACCAUAGCAGCUAACGACAUCUUCCGCACUUGCUUCUACUUUGGUCAAUCAGCAGUCGCUCAAGUUGCUCUCAAGGAAGUAGACAUUAUCCAGAGAUCACAGAACGUCUCAGAGGAAGCGUCAUUGGCAGCUCUACAAACCAAGAAAGUGGAAUUGGAGAGAAACAUCGUUGACAAUAUCCAAUCAGUCGCACCAGUUAGGGUGACAGUUGAGGAAGCCCAAAACAAGACUACAUUCGUUCAAUUCACAAUGCAUCAUGCAGUAUACGAUGGCGAGACUCUUCCAAUGUUCCUCGAGGAAAUCAAGCAACGCUACGAAAAUCGUUUCUCUCUCGAGAGACCAUCAGUUGAUCGUCUUCUUGAUUACAUUUCAAGUCAGUCACUUGAGAUCGCUAGGACAUUCUUUGUCGAGUAUCUUGCAGAUCUACCACAGUCAGGCGAGAUACAUAUUGGAAACACAUCUGUGGACGAGAUAAGCAAGACUGCUACGCUUCCUUUGUCGAAGUUAGAGUUGUUGGCUCGUUCUAUGAACGUCUCUCUUCGCGUACUCGUACAAACUGCUUAUGGAGUAUCACUUGGUGAAACCAAUGGAGUUUCUGACAUUACAACGGGUGUUGUUCUUUCUGGACGUACAGUACCAGUUACUGGUGUAGAGAGCAUGCUUGCACCAUGUAUCACGACCCUUCCAGUACGCGUAAAGGUCUCCGACAAGACUCGUUUCGCAGAUCUCGCCCAACAAGCUCAAGGUGAUAGUGCUCAGGUUCUCGAGUAUCAAUACACACCACUUCGUCAUAUCCAAAAGUGGCUCAAUAGACCUUCAGCACUCUUCAACUCCCUCUUUGCUUACAACAAAUCAUCUGCAUCCGGUGAACAACUUUGGGAGCAACUUGAAGAAUCUUCUCGUGUGGAUUACCCACUUGCGCUCGAAGCUACAGCCGAUACAGAUAAAGAUGAGCUUGUCUUGCGCGUUGUUUACAGCUCUUCAUUUGGACAUGCUCGCGACGUAUACCACCUUCUUGGUAGAAUUGAUGAACUCCUUCAAGAUGCCCAGCAAGUCGUCGAACCGCUCAUUCCUAUAGAUCUCACUGUCGAUGAUGGUGAGAAGUAUGACAAUGAAUGGUCAGACGCUGAGACAUUAAUGCGCAAAUCUAUUGCUGAAUUAUGCAAACUCGAUGAAAAGACAAUCACAAAGGAUUCAACGUUCAUCUCACUGGGUAUCGAUUCAAUUUCGUCAGUUAGAUUUGCCCAAGCGCUCCGCAAACAAGGCGUGGAUGUGCCAACCUCCGCAAUUAUGCGCGCAGGUUGUAUUGGCGCAUUAUCGGCCUUCGUUGGCGGUGAUCAAAGUGAUGUUACUGGUGAAUUUGAUCGUAUUGCUAAUGCGCUCUUUAACAAAUAUGGUCGCGAAGACAUCCAAGUUGUCUUACCCGCUACUGCACUCCAGAGUGGUAUGCUCACUCAGACAAUCGCUUCACAAGGCAAAUACUACAAUAUUCACCACACUUUGCGUUUGGAUGAUGGCGUUAAUCUUGCCAGACUUCAUCAAGUUGUCGAAGCAACUGCUCAAGAAGUUGACAUUCUCAGAACCACUUUCCAAACUGAUGACGAGUAUGCUUGGGUUAUGCUCGUACACAAGAGCGUUAAGGUCCCAUGGUCAGAACACACUGUUGACUCUGCUGAAGAUGCAGCCAAGCUUGUCGCUGAAGUCAAUGUCCCACGUGGAGAAGCAGACUUUGAAUGUCCACCGUACGCAUUCAUGGUCAUUAAUACUUCCGAGGGUACCUACGUUAACAUGACAAUGCACCACGCGUUGUACGAUGGUGUCUCACUUCCACUUUUACUCGGGGACAUCGAGAAGCGAUACCGUGGUGAAAUCCCAGCACGUCGUCCGCAAUUCGUUCAAGCCGCGCCAUACAUUCUCGAUGGUGCACGCGACACACAAGGAUACUGGCAAAAGCAAAUGGAAGGUUAUGUUCCAAAGUCAUUGCCACGCAUAGAUGGCGUCAAAGCUUCUGCUCAUUUUGCAAAUACUACUGUUGGCGUUACUGCAAAGAUGACCCGUAUCGUCCGCGCUGCUGGAGUAUCUCUCCAAUCACUCGUUUUACUCGCAUGGGGUAAAACGCUCUCUACUUUGUUGGGUUCACUUGAUAUCGCAUUUGGUCAAGUUGUUGCUGGUCGUUCGAUUCCAAUCGAAGAUGCUCUUCUUGCCUCCGGUCCACUCUUCAAUACAAUCCCUUAUAGAUUCAGAUUGAAGAAGGAUAUGACGAACGCACAAGCCCUCCACGCACAAUAUGCACAAUACAAUGACAUGGAAGCACAUUCACACGUUCCUCUGAGAGAUAUUCAACGCAACGCUCGCCAAAGGACUUUAUUCGAGUCACUCUUCGUCUUCCAGAAGCCAUUCAAUGGUGCACAAGAGGAUACAUUUUGGAAACCAGCUGAAUUAACACGUGACGAAACUCAAAGUGUUGAGUACCCUCUCAACGCUGAAUUCGUCGAUGGUGGUGAUUCACUCAGCAUUCAUGCCAGUUGCGCAGCGUCAGUAAUGACUGGCGAGGAACUUGAUGGGCUUUUGACUAAAUUUGUUGAAGUUCUUGCGGACGUUGUCGACCACCCUCAAGAGUCAUGCGUUGGAUUCCCAAGCACCCUCGGCGGUUUAGGAGACGAGAAAGUCGAUGCUCAGAUCUCGUACGUAGAGCACAACUUUGAAGGUCCAAUCACUAAGACAAUGGAGACCGUUCGUGCUGUCUUUGCGGAUAUUGCUAAGCUACCAGUUGAGGAGAUCAGCUACGGUACACCGCUCUAUGCGCUUGGAUUGGAUUCCGUUGGUGCUAUCCAACUUGCGUCACGUUGCCGCAAAAUGGGUGUCAAGGAUCUCGGUGUAUCUGACAUCUUCGUCGGUGAAUCGAUCGCUGGUUUGGACGAAGUGCUCUCCUCUCGAGUUAAGGAAGUCAAGGAAGACAGUAAACCAUUGGUAUCUGCAACUGAAGCUGUCAAUGCAAUGUCAAACUUGCAUCUUAGAAAGGAUGAUGUGCAGGCCGUUUUACCACUUCUUCCUGGUCAGCAUUAUCACCUUCAAGCGUGGUUGUUAAACGGUCAUACAUUCUACGAGCCAGUAUUCGCUUAUGAAGCACCAGUCCGCGUAAAUAACAUUAAAAUGGCCGAUGCCUGGAGGCGUCUCGUCAAACAACACGACGUACUGAGAACAGCUUUCACUGUUGUCAACGGUCGCCCUCUUCAAGUUCUUCUCAAAGAGCACGAUGCGGCAUUCGAAACCCACUACUGCGAAGAUGCUGAAUCGUUUAUCAAGGAUACAAUCAGAAAGGAGUUCAAUAGACCAUCAACGUUAGCUACACCACCUGUCAAGCUCCACCUUGUCCAAUCUGAUGAGAAGUCUUAUGUAUUACUCAGAGUCCAUCACGCCUUAUAUGAUGCCUGGAGUAUCCCAAUCUUAGCAGCAGAUUUGUGGUCUUGCUAUAAGGGACGUAAGUCUGACUCCGUUGGUGGAUUCAAGAAUAUCGUCGAGUCACUCGCGAAGAAUGGUUGUAAUGAUGAGUUCUGGAAAGAGGAUCUUAAGGAUAGUCAACCAGCACUUUUACCACGCGUGCGCGAAUCUACUGAGCAAGUGUUCUUCCAUGAUCCCGCAGUUGUAGAGUCAGCAUCCGAAGCCACUUCUGGGCUCCAAUCUCACCAGGUUUCACUUCAAGCAGUAUGCACUACUGCCGUUGGUAGAGUUGUCAGUGAAAUGAGUGGAGUUGCACACCCUAUUGUAGGUGUUUACCACACUGGUCGUGCUGCAACAGUAGAAGGUAUCGAUCGUGUUUCUGGACCCUGCCUCAAUCUUCUCCCAUUGUCAGUCGCGCCGGGAGAUACUAUUGCUGCUGCAAGAGAAGUACAGCGUGAUAUCGCAAGAAGAACUAUCGUCGAGCAAGACCACCUCGGUGCGAUUGCCAAGGUUGUCUUCAACGACGGUGUACCAUUGUUUAAUGUCUAUGUCAACAUUCUUUGGCACGCUGAAAAGAUCUUCUCACUCAAUGAUAGCUCACUUAUGCAAAUGGAUGUCGGUGCACCAACAGACUUCGUCAGCAAGGACAGAAUCGACGUUCGCUCAAGCGUACGUGAGUUGUCAACUGCUGGAGUAUCACAAGAUGCCGUAUUCUUGGAUAUCGCACUCGACGCACAGAAGGACACAGUAGGCGUAGCGGCUCGUGCAAGCGAGAGUGUCAUGUCGUCGGCUGAACUCCAAGCCUUCAUCGGAAAAAUCACAACCGAAAUUAAGUCUGUCAUCUAAAUAUAGAGUACCUAAAUACAUAUAAAACAUAAUUUUUUAGAACAGCGUGGGUUUUGCUUAUUGUACAUACUGUAGAGUCAACAGGCCAAUGAUAUAGCUGGAUAAGGUGCCCGUCAGUUGAUCAUAUAGAUACUAAAGCGGUUUUAUCUUCUUUUGGUUUCUCAGAACUAACACUGAAUUACAUCAAAAGAACUCUCAGAAAUCCUUGUUGAGACUCUCGGGUACGUAUCUAUCAUCUUUGUGUUGUUUGUUCACACUUGUUAACUUCGGAUUAACCAUUGGUUCCUACCCUGCAAGCUCAUAAUUGAUAGAGGUAGACGGCUGAUACCUUUACUGCACAUGGUAGUCUCUAAAAACUAUGAGCAGCACUAAGUAUGUCUCAGUUUCUAUGCCGAAAUAUCAAACGUCUUCGGUGGAGUUCAUGUAAUGCAUCUUCGUAAUUCGUGAUUUUAGAUGUUUCUUAUUUUCAAUGGUUUGCCUUAGUGUCGCUAGUCUAUCUUUAAAGGGUGUCUAGAGGCUACUCGACCAUAUUGAGAAAAGAUACACGAGGGUAUCAUAUAAAUGGAGUAU